AUAUUAAAAUCACUCCACCAAUUAACCCUUCCCAUGCAAGCUUUUCACCCUCCAAAUUAAAUAUUCCAAAUUAAAAACCUCUAGUGUGUGUGGUGUGUGAAAAAGAAGAAGAAGAAGAAGCCAUCGAUCUGCAGAGAGAUGGAAUCAUCAUCAGCUGAGAAGAAGCUCUGCGACGCAGCAGCAGAAGGCGACGCCAAAACGUUCAAACAACUGAUCGAAGGAGAUCGAUUUCUCCUCAACAAAGUCUCACUAACAUACACCGGCAAAACUUUCUUACACGUCGCAGCAGCUCAGGACUGCGUCGACAUCGCCGCCGUGCUGGUGGGCGAAGCCCCCAAGAUGUGCUGGGCACGCGACGCCGGCGGCAUGAACCCCGUCCACGUGGCGGCCAUGAACGGCAGCCACGGAGUGCUGCGGAUGCUCGUCGAGAGGGACGACUUCGCCGCGAUGGAGCGGCUGGAGCGCGGGGAGACGGCGCUGCAUCUGUGCGUGAAGCAUCGCCAGCUUGGGGCGUUGAGGGUUUUGGUGGAGAAAUUGGGGGAGUUUGUGUGUGAAGAGGAUGAUGCUGGGAACACGGUGCUGCAUUGGGCUGUUAGAUUAAGACAACUUGAGAUCAUUGAAUACUUGGUUGCACUCAACAAACUUGACACGAACUCUAAGAAUUCCAAAGGCCAAACGCCUCUACAAAUGGUGAAUCCCGAUUCGGACAAGGAAACUGCACAAUGCAUCGCAGACAUCCUCAAAUCCCCCGCCCACCCUACCUUGGCGGAGGACUGGCUCCUAAAGAAGCGCGACUCCAUAAUGGUGGUGGCGAUCCUCAUCGCCACCAUGGCCUUCCAGGCGGCCGUUAGCCCCACGGGCGGCGUGUGGCAGGACGACACGUCCUCACACAAGGCCGGGGAGGCCGUGAUGGCCUACAAAGACCCUAACAUAUACAAGAACUUCAUGCGCUCCAACACAGUUGCGUUUGUGACGUCGCUGAGCACCAUCUUGCUGCUCAUCGUCGGCUUGCCGUUGUUCAAGUACAGGCUCUUCAUGUGGGCCCUUGUCGUCAUAAUGUGGGUGUCUGUCACGGCCGUCGGAAUCACCUACGGCGCUUCCAUAAUGGUGGCCACUCCCAAAAUCCACGAGAAAUCGCUCAGCUCCGUCAUCCAAAUAGGGAUCAUUGCUUGGGUCAGCCUCAUGGCGAUUCUGUUCAUCGUCAAUACUCUCCGCCUGUUGUUCCAGUGGAAGUCGCCCAAGAGUCGUCUCGCGAAAUCUUGCAUGGCUUAGCCGUUCACGAAAAUUGCAGUUUUUACUUUUCUGGAAACUACUAUUUAUAUUUUAAACUUCGUUUACAUUCAAUAUUUAAAAGAAAAUCGUGGAUUAAUAGCGGGUUUAAGAAUUUGUUCAUCACCAAUGUGUUUCAGCAACGAAUAUAUGCAAA